UGCCACAAACGAACUGGCGCCUCACACAGGUGACUGGUAGCUCACCACCACACCUUGAGCCCAAAUCAGCUGUUUCCCCUGAUCAAGAUGGCCCAUCAGCACCGCUCUAAAUUUACCUUCAUCUUGGGUUACACACAUGAUGGAGGGGAGGUGGGACACUGAAACUGUACAGGAAGCCAGGCGAGGGUUAGUGGUUCAGGGCCACUUUGAUUAAGGCGCAGCCUGGGUGUCCUCAGUGGUUGACUCCGGUCCCCCACGAUGGUUCUCUCUCCCAUGGCUCUUAUAAACACUCUCUCCACCCAACCCUGGUAAAUCUGUUAAGCUGGCAACUGGGUACCAAACAGUUCUGUGUCACAUGAGAGGCCUGGCUGGAGUCAGAGUGGCCCAGGAUACUAUUCUUAGUUGCAGGAAUGUACACAGCAGCCUCAUGGCGAGCGCCGCAGUGCCUAACUGGAGAGCCUUGUUGUUGCUGUGGGUCAUGCUGCUUGUCGUUCCCUGAAAACAGAACCCAAUUUCUCUCUGGAAUACGAUUUGAUUUAUUUUGCAGGUGGAACUGAUAUUGUUUUAAAAGAGGCUGUCAAGAGAUUCUGGAUAUUGUUUACUCUCUGAGGGCAUGAGAAUGGCCUCCACAUCGUGUGGGGUUUUCUCUUUCAAAGACUCCGAACUUCCCUCCCACCUGCUGACCCAGCUCAACGUCCUCCGGCAGGAGCGCAUACUGACGGACGUCCUGCUCUGCGCGGAGCACCGCGAGUUCCCCUGCCACAGGAACGUCCUGGUGUCCAGCAGCCCGUACUUCCGGGCCAUGUUCUGCAGCAACUUUCUGGAGAGCAGUCAGGCCCGUGUGAAUCUGAAGGGAAUCUCUUCCACUGUCAUCAGUAGCAUUGUGGACUAUGUCUACACAGGCUGCAUCACUAUCACCAUGGAGAUUGUGCUCCCGCUCAUGCAGGCCGCCUCCAUGCUUCACUAUGGAGGCCUCUUUGAGGCCUGCUCGUUGUUUCUCCAGGACCAGUUGAGUCCAGAAAACUGUCUGAGCAUGAUCCGGCUCUCUGAGAUCCUGCACUGUGAGAGUUUGAGGGAGAGAGCGAAGGAGAUGGCUGUGAGGUGUUUCUCUGACGUUGCUGCCUCGGAGGACUUCUGUGAGUUGUCUCUCCCCGAGCUCAUGUGUUACCUAGAAGAUGACCGCCUGUGUGCCGAGGAGGAGCAAGUGUUUGAGACCCUGCUGGCCUGGAUCCACCACGAUCCGUUCUCACGACGUGGAGCAAUCCAUGACCUCUUCAAGAAAGUCCGGCUUCGCUACAUCCAUCCGACUUACCUCUUCCAGUUUAUUGCAAACGACCCUCUGGUGCAGUCGUCCACACUGUGCACUGAGAUCAUCGAUUCAGUGCGUCGCCUCAUGCUCACAGUCAGCAAUAAGUGUGGUCGUGAGCUCAAGCCACUUUGGACCACACCGCGCCGGUACACCUGCAGAGAAACACUGGUGGUGGUGGGAGGACGCAAGAACAAUGAACAAACAUCAAGAGAAGCUCUGCUUUAUGAUGAACGCACUCAGCGUUGGCAAUGGUUGGCCAAACUCCCUCUGCGGCUCUACAAAGCUGCGUAUGUGUGUAUUCACAGCAUCCUCUAUGUGCUCGGCGGGCUCAGCCUGUGCAUCACAUCAGGUGACAGCUCAGUCAGUGCCACAGUUUACACUCUCUCCCUCAAAACCAACCAGUGGAGAACUGCUGAGCCCAUGUCAGAGCCACGAUAUGCCCACCAGAGUGUGUCCUACCUGCACUUUAUAUUUGUGUUGGGAGGCAUCGGGGUAGACAAGCAAAUCUCUCAGUCCGUAGAAAGGUAUAACAGUAUGUUUAAUCAAUGGGAGGACAUGGCACCGAUGCCCACGGCGGUGCUGCAUCCGGCUGUUGCAGCAAGUGAUCAGAGGAUCUACGUUUUUGGAGGCGAGGAUGCCAUGCAGAAUCCAGUCAGACUGAUACAGGUGUAUCACAUCUCCCGCAAUUUGUGGUCGAGGCUAGAGACGAGGACAGUGAAAAAUGUUUGUGCCCCUGCUGCUGUCAUAGAGGAUAAGAUCUACAUCAUAGGAGGGUACACCCGGCGAAUGAUAGCCUAUGACACCAAAGCCAACAAGUUUGUUAAGUGUGAGAAUCUAAAGGUGCGCAGGAUGCACCACAGCGCCACCGUGAUUAACAACAAGCUCUACGUCACCGGUGGACGCAUCCUCAACAGCCACGAUGUCAUCGAGGACUCGGACUGCUUCGAGUGUUAUGACCCAAAGACUGACAUUUGGACCUCAAAGGGCUCUUUGCCAUACAAGCUGUUUGACCACGGCUCUCUGCCGCUGGUCUGUGUUUCCAACAGACCCAACCCACCAUGACCCACGUCACGCUGCGCUUCAUCUCUCCUUUGCCGUGGUUAAUCAGCCUCCGAGUGUACAAAUGGGGAACCCGUUUCAAAACUGACUGCAUUCCAUCACACGGCUCAGACUUGGCAGUUUGUUAUGCCAAGUUGAAUUCCAUGUCAGUCAGAGGAUAAGCUCAGCUGAUGUGCAGAGAUGCCAUGUCCUCAGGCAUCUGAGGUGGAAAUGAACCC